CGGGCGGAGAAGGCGGCGAUUCCUCCCUGGAGGGCGAUGUGGCCGGCCGGUGCGGGCACCAAGCUGCCCUGUGCCCGGGACUCUGCCCUGCGCAGAGCGGCUUUCUGCGGGAAUCUCACCGCCCUGCCUUCUCACCUGGUGCCCGCCGGUCGCAGCGUGCGGGUUUUCAUCAGUGCCAACCCUGAAGAUACAGGAGCUGAAAGACAAGCAUUAAAAGAAAAUGUGUAUCCUAAAUUGAGAGAAUUCUGCAGGGAAAAUUAUGGAUUGGAAUUUCAGGUCAUAGAUCUGUACUGGGGAGUUAAUGAAGAUGAAUGGGACAGCCCAGAGUUGCAGAAGACCCGCAUGAAGAUGCUGGAGGAUUGUUUGAAAACUUCUGCAGGUCCAUGUUUUGUUGGACUCCUAGGUGAAAAAUAUGGGAACAUCCGAAUCCCUGGGGAAGUGGAAGCCUCAGAGUUUGAAAUGAUUUUGGAUGCUGCUGUGGAAGAGAAGCUGGAGACCAAGCUACUGGAGGAGUGGUAUUGCCGUGAUGAGAAUUCAGUGCCAGCAGCAUAUUACCUCAGACCCAAGUCAGAACUGCUGAAAAGCAAUAAAAAAGCAAUUCCACCUUCUGCCAAUGCUGAAAAUGAGAAGACCUGGCAAGAGAUAUCUGAGGAGAUCAAGAAGAUAUUUAAGGUUGCUGUGAAGCUGCUGCAUGAAAAGGGGAAAAUGAAGCAUAGCCAAGCUAAGAGGUACCUGUUCUCAGCUAUAGAGGAUGAAUUUGACUUUGCUCUUGGAAAGCAAACUCCCGCAUUCCUAAAGAAAUGUGUAUGCUACAUUAGGAAAAUUGCAAACAUUGAGCGCUUUGUGAAAAUACCAGAGAUGGGAAAAUACAUGGAUGUCACAGGAACAGAACCAAGGAUUAUCCGGGACCCAGAAGCCCAAGAGAAGCUGAUAAAACUCAGGGAUGAAUUUAUUCCUACUAUUGUUGCAUCAUCUAAUUUGCGAGUAUACACCUCUGUUACUCAUUGUGACAUGAAACUAGGCUAUUCCCAAGAAAUAGAAAACCAUUACAUAGAAGGGCUUGGUAAGCAAUUUUAUGAGGAUAUGAUCGAUAUCAUUCAGGCAACGAUACAACAGAACUUUGACACAGAGACUGAUGCUCUCUACGAUGAAAUUCUCCAGCACUCCUCUUUGUGUAAAACUUACGCAUCCUUCUACGAGUAUAAAUGCGAGUCUCUAAACAUCGUGCAAAAGUAUCUUCUUCCAAGCAAAACUGGGCACAUCAGUCCUCUUAUUAUAUAUGGUGGGCCUUGCACUGGGAAGACUCUUCUACUGGCUGAAGUUGCCAAGAAGGCUUAUGGCUGGCUACAGGAAGACACGGGACCAGAAUCGGACCCUGUAAUUAUUGUGAGAUUUCUUGGAACCACAGACAUGAGUACAGACCUCAAGCCUCUCCUACUAAGCGUUUGCGAACAGCUGGCAAUUAACUACCGGUGUCUGGUUCAGAGCUACCCCAAGAAGAUUCAUGACCUACGGGACUUGUUUAUAAACCUUCUGAAUGAGUCUUCCCUGCAGAGGCCACUGGUGAUAAUAUUCGACUCCCUGGAGCAGCUUUCAGACAGUGACGAGGCCAGGAAGCUUUGGUGGCUCCCAGCCCACCUGCCCCGCUUUGUCCGGAUUGUCCUCUCCACACUGCCCAACAAGUUUGGAAUCCUGCAGAAACUCAGGUGCCUUAUCCAUGAAGAGGACAAUUACAUUGAGCUGAUUCCCCGAGAACGGAAAAUGUGCAGUCAGGUCCUCAAACAUCAGCUGCUGCGGGUGAAGAGGAAGGUGACCUCAGGCCAACAGAUCUAUGUGAACAAUGCCUUCUCCAAGUGUACGCUCCCCAUGUUCAUGAACCUGACCUUCAGGGAGGUGAGACACUGGAGGUCACACAAAGAUGUCAAUGAAUCCUCCCUCUGUGUCACUGUGCAUGAAAGCAUCGAGCAGCUCUUCUGUUCCCUAGAGAAGAAGUGUGGUCAGAAGUUGGUCUCCAGAGCUCUUGGCUACAUCACCAUGGCCAAAAUGGGUUUGAGUGAAAUGGAACUUGAGGAUGUGCUGGCCCUGGACAACAGUGUGAUGAAUGAGCUCAAUGAGAACACCAGGCCCAACAACCCCCUGAGAGUCCCUUAUUUGUACAUUGCCAGACUCAAGGAAGGGCUGAGUGGCUACUUAAUAGAGAGACACGUAAAGAAUGUGACGCUCCUGGUCUGGGCCAAUAGACACUUGCAACUCAUAGCCCAGAAGAUGUAUCUGCAGGAGGAAAAAGCCCUUAAGGAAAUGCACACCAUCCUGGCUGAUUAUUUCCUGGGUGUCUGGGCGGGGGGCCGGAGGAAAGCUUUCUGUCUUGAAGACCCCUACUUGAAUGGCUGCCUUGACUUGGAGAAUCGUAGCCUGCUGGAGGAGGAAAAGCACUUCAUGGAACAGGCGUCCUUUGACAGGCAGGCUCCAGAUCAGCCCUGGGUUUUCCAAUGCAACCCACUGGAGCCGGACAUUUUCUUUGUCAACCACCGGAAAAUGUCAGAGCUCCUGUACCACCUGACAAGGUGUGGGAAGAUGGACGACCUUCUGUAUGGCAUCAUCAUGAACUUUAGCUGGCUCUAUACUAUGAUCAAAAUCGGCCAGUUUGACAAAGUUCUCUCUGACAUUGAUCUGGCUUACAACUACUCGCAAGAGAAGGAGCUCAAGUUCCUCGGGAGCACCUUGCGGAGCAUCAAGAGCAAGAUCAUCGCCUUCCCUGGCUCACUCUCAGCAGAGCUGCAGCAAAGGCUGUUGCCCGUUGUGAGCUCCCUGCCCAAACUGAGACAUCUCCUCCUGGAAUGUGAUAAAGACGGGCCCAAGUAUUGCUCCAUUGUGCCGUUGCAUUCUUCCAUGGAUGUGACCUACAACCCCGAGCGUCUCCCCUUAUCCUCCAGCCACUUGCAUGUCACUGAGAUCCUGCCCACCUGUAACCCCAGCACCGUCCUCACUGCUUUAGAAAAUGGUUCUAUCAGCACCUGGGAUGUGGAGACACGUCAGCUCCUCAGGCAGAUCACCACGGCCCAGUCAGUCAUCCUGGGCAUGAAACUGACUGGGGAUGAAAAGUAUUUGGUUGUGGCCACUACCAACAACACCUUAUUGGUUUACGACAACGUGAACUCCUGUCUCCUGUCUGAAGUGGAAAUUAAGGGGAUUAAGCAUGGUGGUGGCUCCACCUACAUCAAUGGAUUCACACUGUCUGUCACCCAUGCCCUGGCCUGGCUCGAAGCCAGCAAAGAUGUAACUGUCAUUGACCUGCUCUAUGGAUGGCCCCUUUACCAGUUCCACUGCUGGUAUGAGGUGACCUGUGUCCAGUGCUCACUGGAUGGCGUGUAUGCUUUCUGUGGACAAUACCUGAACACCACCACCAUAUUCCACUUGGGCAGUGGAGAAAAACUAUGUACUGUGAACUCUGAAUUCUCAGGGGGGUUCGUGAAGUUCCUUCUGAUCUUGGAUACAGCUCAAGAGAUGGUGAUGGUAGACAGUGAGGGGAGUCUCUCUGUUUGGAACACUGAGGACAUGGCCAGCCCCCAGCUAACAGAUGAUUUUGACUGCCGGAGAGAAGACAGCGAGGUGGUCAGCAUUGAGCUCUCCGAGGACCAAAGUGCCAUUCUGAUCUGCAAAGCCCUUGGCCUGGAGCUCCUAGAUACGGGGAUAUGGAAGGUGGCUGAAAAGUUCCGGGCCAAGCAUAACGAGCGCUUCAUCUCUGCCGUGCUGUCUAAAAAUGGAGACUGCAUCAUAGCAACCAUGGAAAACACCUCAGCUGUGUUUUUCUGGAGACGGGACACAGGACAAUGUAUGGCCAGUUUACAGGAAAUCUCAGGGGCCAUAGUUAAGUUGGUAAAAUCGAACCACCACAAUAUGCUGCUCUCUUUAUCCACCAGUGGGGUUCUUUCCAUUUGGGACAUAGACAUCAUCACAGCCAUGUCCAACAUCGAUAAAACCGGAAAACCCAUCCAGAGUCUGGUGUUGCCCACCAGAGGUGAAAUCAUUUACUCUCUCGAUGGCUCUGACUGUGUUCACAAGUGGAACUUCAGUAGCGGAUUCAUUGAAGCUGUGUUCAAGCAUGAGGGCAUUGUGGAACACUGUGUGCUGACAUCCUCGGGAGACUUAAUGGUGACAUCAGAUGACAAAAGCAGCCAGUAUGUCUGGCGCACCAAUAGUGGUGAGAACCUUUUUCGCAUCAAUGGGCAGAGAAUUUCUCAGUUGCUGAUCACUCACAAUGACCAGUUUGUGGUCUCCCUCUGCGAAGAGCAUGCCUCCAGGGUUUGGCGGCUGGCCACUGGCCACCGGGUAUGCAACAUCCUCACUACCUUGCAGAAUGCCUUCAUCACCUCUGCCAACACCUUUGUGGUGGGGAUGACCAAAAGCAAAGUCCUAGCCGUCAGUCUCUGGACAGGAAGCAUCACCAAGAAAUUCUGCUGUGAAGAUGGCACCACCAUUGUGAAUUUUAAACUGAUCCCCGAUUGUCCAGACAUCAUUGUCUUCAUCACCUCAACUGAGACAGUGAAUAUCUGGAGUUUGACCGAGGAGGUCAUCUGUCGCCGAGUGCAACUUCCAACCAACUUUCUGAAAAAUUUAGAGGACUUUGAGAUCUCUCCCAAUGGGAAGCUGGGUAUCAUUGCCAGAGGGGAUGAGAACAUCAACGUGCUGGAUCUAUAUAGCGGUAAACUCCGGGUAGUACAUGCCUCCGGGGUCAUUUGGCGGCAGAAACUGUCUCGCGAUGGUCGUUACCUGGUUUACAUUUGUUUCCAAAAUGGAGAGGAAGAGGAUGAACAUGGGGCCAUAUCCAGCUUAAUUGUAAUGAGACUAGCCGAUGGCAAAAAUAUCGGUGCUUGUUCCCUUUACAAAACACCCACUUUCCUUGCUCUCUCUCAGAGACACCUGAAUAUCAUUGUGGGUUUUGAUGAUGGGAGUAUUGGAAUCUACACCGUGGUGGACCGUGUGGAUGCUGCCUUGAAAAUUAAAAUUGCCACAUCCAAUAGCAGACAAAUCUUCAACAAUGCAACACAGACAUCCAGGCCAAAGUCAAACAAGUACUGUUUCAAAGUGUCUGUGGAUUGCUUAUGGAGAGAGUCCACGGAGGUCUUUGCAAGAGACAGUCCCAUCACAGUGAGUGACUGCACAGAUUCUGGUGAGGCCACGCCCUCCAAGAAACACAAUUCCUGCUAUGACCGAAUGUGCUCUGUCCUGGAGUCCAGGGGACAUAGCUAUGCCACUGACAAUUGACAAAAGGUUGAUCCUGCUCAGUGAAAAGAUAUGAUAUAUGGAACAAAUAUAUAUAUACAUUAUGUGUGUAUAUAUUCUCUUCUAUAACCCAAAUAAUAGACUACUCAUUUCCUAAAUGGCAGAAUGAGAGGCUAGAAUUCCUAUGUUAAUUAUUAAUACAUUUUUGGAUCUUAGGGAAAAGGUGAAAUUGGUUUUGUAUUUGGUCUUUUGGCAAAGCAUGAAAUCUUGAAAGACAAUGUCUAGAAAUAGUUCUUCAGUGACUACAUCACGUGACAGAGGGUAUUUUUAAGUAAGGUGGGAAGGAGCAGCAUGACUCAGACCACUGGUCCAGAUGAGAGAGGCAUGAAUGUUAGGUGCACACUAUUUGGACUGGAUUGAGCAACUCAGAAAUCACAAAUCCAACUUGCUGUUUGACUCCAGAUGAUUGAGUGGCUAUAAGUAAACAGCCUUAAUCUCUUCCUACAUUUUACAAUCCUGAUAGCAAUGUAAACCCAUUCUACCCAUGGGAGGUCUAAAGGUGCAAAAUAAUGUAUCAAAGCAUGUCCAUAUGUCCUCCCCUUUGUCUCAAGAGAAAAAGACGUGAGUGAAUGGGACUGGACUAAGAACUCAACCCACCAUUAUAGGGCUACUGAACACACAGUCCAUCUUCAUUCAGACAUAGUCAUGGCUGUUGCAUGUGAGGGCUUCUGUAUAAUGGGAUAUAGGGUUUUCAUGGGCUAAAAAAAAAAAACACUUAACCAGAAACCACCAUCUUAUCAUGUCUUUUCAAAAAUGCCUAUUUGUCUUCGGUAUAAAGAAUUACAGAAAGGGCAUUACAGAUGUGGUCAAAACAUCUGUUCAUAUCUCUCAUUGUACAAGCAAGUCUGUGCUAUUGGGUCUGCUGUAUGGACAAAUGGAUUUUUUCUUAACCCCCUGCAAUCUUAAUAGAAAGAGAGCACUCUCGACAUGCCAUCUGUGAAAUACUGAUGACAUUUGCCUUACUCUCAUUUCUCUUCUUUCCUGUGCAAAACGCAGAGAUGACCAAAUACUCGGGGACAAACUGAACAUGCCUGUCUUUGUGCUAAAAUAUUCUACAAAUCUUAAAGGGUGUCCAAAGGUUCUAUACUGUCCCUGUUUGUAUCCACUUUCUUACUUCUACACACUGUGUAUGCUUCUUCUCUUUCACACUCCUGCUGAAAGAUCCUGCAGAGCUUUUUUACAGUUUUAGCCAUUUCAAAGCAGAUACUAUAAAAUGGUAAUCACUAUUAUAUUUUUUCCAAAAACUACUCUGCUUAAAAUAAUGUCAUCCCAGAAGAGGAAAGAAAUUUCUUUCCUUCUAGAUCCUCUAUGUGGCACACCAUUGGACAACUUUUCAAAGGGUUGGGGGUAGUUGGCUUGUUUUGAAAGUGGCCCUACUUCCUUAGGAGUAAGUAGAAAUUGUUAGCAAGUAGGUGACUAGCUUCUGGUCCAGCUCUGCCACAAACUCAUCACCAAUUCAUAGACUGAUCUCUCACCUCUCCAGUUUAUCCUUUGUAACCUGCAAAGCGGAGGGGACAGUGAUCAUGUCUUCACUGGUCUCAAAGGGAGAUUGAGGAGUAAUAGGAGAAAAAUAUAGAACACCUUGAUUGUUGACAAGAAAAAACAACAUGAUAUAGUAAUGAUCUAACCCACAAGGAAUCCAAGCCAAUUAGAUUUCAUUUUAGAAAGCAAUUUGGCAGCAGGUUGUAAGCAAGCAUUCCAAGAUAUGAUUCUGACAUAAAUACCCUUCUCCGUGGUGAAAUAUUAUUUUUUUCUCCCCACUAACUUCCUCCCAACCCAGUCUAGUCUACCUAGAGUUGAUCAUUCAUAUCAUUGCUUUUCUUUUCCUUUUUAAGCUUUUUCAGAGGUAAAUGCAUUCUUAUUCCAGUCCUUAUCAGUGAGACCUUCAUGCCACACAUUCCUAAGAAUUAAAUGCCUAGAUGGCUUAAAUGUAGUGUGUGAAUGUUCUCUGUAAAAGUCAAUAGAGUUUAACAAGUGACUUGAAUGAUUUUUUUUUCCUAACUUGUUUGCAACUGAUAGCUCAUAUUGAAUGUUUUUAUGUAAACUUUGUAUUGUUGGGGAGAAUUGCCCAAUCAGAGAUUUAUAUUUUCAUAAAUGUUACAUUUAGUUAAAUUUUGUUACAGAGUUGUUACACUAGAAAAUGAUUGCAGUCUUAAACGAUGUAUAGUCUUGUGUAUGUAUUGUUUGUAUGAAUAAAAGUUAAACUACUUA